GAAAAAUAACCCUUUAAUUAAAUUCAAAACAGUUAACAGAAAGGCACGGUCUUCGUGCAUUACAAAGGCACCAUCCAGCUUGCGGUGAAACUAAACCAUAGAAUGUAAUUUAAGUCAAACCUAAAAUAAAUACUGCUAGACAGUGCUUAAGUUACGCCUACCAGGUGGACUCACAAGAACUUAACCGGCAUGAUGAUAAAUCCGAUAUGGCCAAGAGGCUUCCUAGCGAAACAACAACGAAAUGUACGCUUGACUAGUGAAACACGCUCUGAAUAAACUCUGAGAUCCCACAUUUAAAUAAGCACUUCACUUAACUUUAAAUUUACAUUCUAGCAAGAGAACGUGAGGGGAAGUUGAGGAGUUUAGAAAAAGGAAAUUGUACCAAAUAUGUGGCCUAUGCAUGUAGAUUACACAGAUGUUGAAUGCCGAAGAGUUUUGCGGAGUAUAGAAUUGGAAGCCUAUGCAUCUGUUGUUGAUGCUUUUCGUGCUCAAGGUGCAUUAACAGAAGAAAGAAAGAAACUGUUGCAAGAUUUGUGUAUGGCAUUAAGCAUACCUAUAGAAAGGCAUAAAGCAGAAAUGAGAAGAGCUGCUAAUGAUGAACAUCUGAACACAAUAGCAGAAAGGUUUUCAGGCCCAAAUACAGCUGCUGAAUGGUCAGCUGAAGGCAGGCAACUUGUACCAUUAAUGUCUCGUUGUCCACCACAAACAAUCUUUACUGCUAUUGCUGAUGCUGCUGCAAGAACCCAAGCAGCUAAAAAUGCUACUCUGCCAUUACCUGGAAAGACUGGUAUUAGACAAA